AUGAAGGAAACAGCUUUAUCUACUAUGGAAAUCUCUGAGGAAGGAGGAAGAGGAAACGGGUUAAUCAUCGCUUUGGCUAUCGUAGUCACUCGACGUAGCGGACAAACGCAGUUGUGGCAAUUUUUAUUGGAGUUGUUAGCUGACAAACGAUACGAUGACGUCAUCACGUGGGAGGGAACGCAGGGCGAGUUCAAACUGGUGGAUCCCGACGAGGUGGCCAGGAAAUGGGGUGAACGGAAAUCGAAACCGAAACAUGAACUACGACAAGAUGUCACGGGCAUUGCGCUACUUACUACGAUAAGAACAUUAUGUGCAAGGUGCAUGGCAAACGAUAUGCCUAUAAGAAUAGCUCAAGCAUUGCAACCGCAAACAGGCGGAGCCGGUCCAGACUACCUGUCACCGCAGACAGUGAAUCGAUUACAGCAGGAUUUCAUGCAAGGUGGCUGGUCGGCCAACUACAGAUCACUCAUUCCAACUGGGUUACAGACAAGCGGUGCCUUUUUCAACCCAUCAACGAUGGGUUACGGUGGAUUCGGUGGCGGCAACAAUGCAGCUUUACAAAGGAAUUUCCCCAUCUACGGAUCUAAUAUGACCAAUUACUCAAAGUGCUUGUGA